AUGGCUUUUCUCGGCGACUGGUAUGGCUAUGACUAUGACCAUGAAGACGAUAGCCGAUUGAGGCGAGAAAGUACGUGGAUCUUCCCUCGCCUUGAUACGUUCCUCGAAUCAAUCACUCUGAAUCUGGUGUGUGGAUGUCAAUUGGUGGAUGUGUGUGUAGAUGUCAGUGAGACCCCUCUGAAUGGACCCCGUGUGUUGGCGCUGUUCAGUGUAGAGGUUUCUGACAUCGCUAAGGGCGAAUCAGGUGAGCGGGUGGGGAUACGCUCCUCGAGCACAGCCCCAUUGGCAGCUGCCCCGGCCGGCUUGCUUGUGUUCCAUCUGUGCGUGCAGUUGCCCUUGUGCUUGGCACGCGAGACCCCGUCGCCAUGAGUCCCCCGUCGCCGACUUGCCCGAGGUGGUCUCUGUCUGUGGUCCUCCCUUCCAAAAGUGGAAAGCUUCAUGAAGGGCUGUACAGUCGCACCGACUUCGUAGUGAGGUGCAAGUACAGCUACGGCAUCAUCGGAGCCAACGGACAACUGACGCGUCGCGAAGAGGGAGGCACGCGGCGGGUGAGGGCGGGCAAGACGCCUCAUCUAGUCUUCGUCAAGGACACAUAUGGGAUGUGGGAGGGCAAGACGGAUGCGGUGUCGCUGAAACCAGCUGAAGCCUCCGCACCGACGGUGAGUGAUGAGGCAACCACACACCAAUGAGGCAGAGAGACACGACGACCGUGGUGCAUGUGUGUGUCGAUCAAUCAGGGGCCCUCGUUCGUCUGGGGGUCGUCCCCUCCUCCAGCGCUCUACGCCACCGUGCCGCCCGACCAGCCCCUCACCUUGCCGCACCGAGUGAGCAUCUGGCGACCCUCCACUGCUUGGUCGGCAGGCCUCUCCGAGUCGAAUCUCAGCCCUAACAACGUCAGCAUCGAUUUCCGCGGCGCGGACCAGCUGACGAGGCAGCUGGUUGUUGGCAUCGCCUGCAAUGUCAUCAGUGAGGGGUCAGCCCGAGACCUCCUCCACCGAGGCGCCGAGGGCAAUCAGAUCGUUAGGGCGUGGUCCAUCGUGUCGGCCGUCCGCGAGAUGAGCCUGCCCCGACUUGCCGCAAAGCACCUGGACGAGCCCGAGGCCGUCGGCGUGAUGCGCGUGCUGCUGGACGCCGGCGCCCCCAACAUCCCACCAGACAGACACAGCGACCGCGACAGCGCAGUUCGCAGGGCCGCGCUGGCCGGCAAGUGUGGUGUGCUGGACGUCAUGCUGGAGCCGCAAUACGGCAUCUUAGCUGCCGGACACUGCCUGCUGGCGGCGGUGUGUCGCAGCAAGUCGGGCUCUGCCGACAAGCUGCGUGUGGUCAAUGCUCGGCGAGCGGGACGUGACAGUGCUGUCGGAGAAGGGCGACGACGGGUGGCGGCCCAUCCAUCACUUCAGUUCAAGGCCACUGAGCGACAAGAAGCUGCAGGAGCAGCUCAUCGACUAAGUACUUCGCCGAGAAGCUGGGGGCGGAUGUCGUCAACACACCCGUCCAGCUCCCUCCCCCAAUUCGCCCUUUCUCCGCGGACCAGGAGUGCAGGUGGCCCCUCUCCAUAGCUCAUCUCGCGUACGGCAAGUACCACGACAGAGCGGAUGCGACCAUUGAGCGUCUCUAUCGGUAUGGGGCGGCGCGGCACAUCAACACCACCGACAGCCAGGGCAACACGGCGCUCACAGAUGCGGCAGCCCGAUUAGACUGCCCCAAUGAAGCCCUCGUCGGUCUGCUCGAGCACGGCGCAUCUGUGGCGACUGCCGGGCUCACACAACAGGAGCCGAGCAACUGGUGGGGGCUCCUCCGUAAGGAAGGAAGAGCCAGGCUGCUCACGGCAUACUCUUCCUCCCUCAACGAGUCCAUCCCCCGCCUGGCCCUGCAGACCAUCAACGCGUCCCUCCGCCCAUCACGCAGCCUCAUGGCGUCCCUCACCCAGCCGGUCCCCCUCCGCAGCCGCACCAUCGCCCUGCCGUCUGACGUCCUGACGACCAUCAACAGCUAUCUCGCCCCCACCAACCAGACCGACAGCCCGCCCCCUCCCAUUCCCAUCGGCGAUGAGCCUAUCGGCACACAAAUCAACCAAGCUGUGCGCCAGUACGCCCUGAUCGCAGCGCGUGUGAUGUGCCUGCCGGUGAAGCAGCAGCAGGAGGGCAGCCAGGAGCGUCCGCAGGGGCACGGCAACGUUCGUGUGGUGGGGAGGCCCGGCGUCGCUGCGCUGCGAUGCUUCGCCGUGGGGGGCGCCCCCCAGCCGCAGCAGCGGAUGGGUGUGUGCGAGGUCAUCGCUCGGGCAGUGAGGCUGGAGGCGUCGCGAUACGGCAUCGGCGUGACCCUCCGCCACAACGUCAUCAACAAUGACGCCCAUGUGCUGGGCGCAUUGGCGGUCGUGUAGCGACAGAUCUAUAGACCAGACAGGCUGUCUGGCGAUCUUUCGGUAGGUAGAGGGGCUUCUUGUUGACGGACUGAUUGCGUUCGUUUGCCCGAAGGGUUCCUGCAUGGUGUAGAUACAUACGUUGCAUAUAUAUAUAUGUGUGGGUCUGACGUGUGGUGUGUGCGCAUGUGAGCUCUGGAUGUGUGUCUCGCUGCCAACUGUCGUGCCUUUCUCUCCCCCACAUCUCCUUUAUCGAGCUGCCUGUCUGUCUGUCUGUGGUGCCUGUGGUGCGGUGCAAGUGCGACGUGAGUGUAUUCGUGGAUGCGACGCGAUAGCAUUUUGACCUCUGCGAUAAGAUUGAAC